UGGAGCUUGAUCACAGUGACCAAGCAUCACUGGAGAACACACUCUAGGAGGAGUUGGAUAUAUCAGUUGAUGUUCUCUCUCUGCAAUGCAGACUCUAAUAGAUAUAAAGACACUCCUUUUUUGUGGUGCCAGGAAUUCAACCAGUUAAACUUCAGGCCUUGGAGUUCAUGCACUGACUCCAGCAUGAAACUAUUGUAAACUUUCAAGUCACGUGAUGAAUGAAACAUUUUUUCAGCCGCUAUUAAUUCUGGCAGGAGCCCGGGAAACUUUCAGAACUCAGGAACUGGGUAGAUGAGCUGUCUCUUCAGAGCUUUAGGAAGCUCAGAAUUAUUUGCACACUCACGUUCUGACUUUUCCUGGAGAGCUUUGAUGUUCGUGAUGGAACAUCCAAAUAUGACCCUGCCUAUGGCUGCUGCUGCUGCUGCUGCAAGCUCUGGUCCUGCUGCUUCCACUCUUGAGAAGGGAGGAGGGAAUGGAAAUGAAUAUUUUUAUAUCCUGAUCGUCAUGUCCUUCUAUGGAAUCUUUCUAAUGGGAAUCAUGCUGGGUUACAUGAAGACCAAGAGGAAGGAAAAAAAAUCCAACUUGCUGUUGCUCUACAAAGAUGAGGAGAGGGAGUGGGGACAAGCUGUUAAACCUCUGCCGACUGUCUCGGGACUGAGGUCUGUCCAGAUUCCCAUGAUGUUAAGCAUGCUGCAAGAGAGCAUGGCACCAGCUCUUUCCUGCACCCUCUGCUCCAUGGAAGGCAGCAGUGUGAGUGAGUCUUCCUUGCCAGAUGUUCACCUCACUAUUGAAGAAGAAGUGCCUGAUGCUGAACUGGGAGAAACAUCUGAAGUAGCUCUCCUCAAUCACAGCAGUGAAGGCUCUUCAGAGAGUAUCCAUCAGAAUUCCUAGCAUUGCCAGACUGCAGAGAUGCAGCAUCUUUCCUCAAAUUAAAGACUAAUACGUUCCAAUUCUGCACCCUUCCUUGAAACAGCUACUUUCCAAUAUGGACGGGGUGGCCAUUAUUUGUGGGAAGCAGAAGCUGAAGUACCAAUGACUAAUGCAUAAUAGAAUUCUCUGUUGUUCAGGUCAGCAGGAAAAUUCUUCCCUGGCAAAUCUGUGUAUAGUCUCUGCUUCCUUCACAAUUUAGGAAAUUGUGGACUUUAGUGGACUGCUUUGUGAUAGAACUAUGUUUUGACACCUAGCCUCAUGGAUUUGUGCUGAUGAAUUUUUUUACCCCUUAAUUUUUUUUACCCAGUUAUACUAAGGAUAGGAAUAAUGGAAUGCAAAAGUAAGAUCUUUGCUUCAAUCCCCAGAUCUAUAGAGCUGAGUGAGAAUCAAUACUGUUACAUGAGUAUAUCUAAGCAACAGUGGCCUUCUGGGAUCAGGUUUGUGUGAAUGCCAGUGAAGUAAAUAAAUUCUGCCAAUGGAAACUGUGAUCACAUUUACAAGACCAUCCAUAGGCCAAGAGAAACUGUGAUCAUUGUUCAUAGGCCUAUUUAAUCUCCCUUUCUUUUAAUGGCAACGAAAGGAGAAAGCAACUCAGUACAGUUGCUCCUCUGUUUUUGUGAACUUGAAGUCCACGUCCCUCACCCACUUGCUGGUGACAAAUGGAGGGGGACAAAAUGGGGUGCAUGCCCAUGGCAUGUAUCCAUGGGUUCCCACAGGUGGGUGCUGCCAUUUAAACCAAUGGGGCUUGAAUAUAGGAGAAUGUCCAUUUUUGUGGGGUGGUGGUGGUGGUCUGGAAUGAAUCCUCCAUGAAAAUGGAGGGGUGACUGUACAGUGGAAUGAGGGUGAGGGUACCUUGUAGCUUCUAAUUCUUCAAGAAGAAACAAAUAAUUUGCAUCAUUGAGUUGGCUUAUGAUGCAUCCACUUCUGUACCAAGAUUUAUUACAAGAUUUCCCUUAAUGGAAAAUAUGAAAGCUCCUUUAAAAUAUUAUACCAACUCAUGCAUUAGAAAACACAAACCAUAGCUGAAGUUCCUAAACAGAUGGAGGCGAAUCAUGCUUUACUGCUGCUUCUAUGUUGUUUGUUUUCCAUCUACUCAGCACUUCUGCUUUUGUGGUUUAGGGAUCUCUGGAUGUGGAGCAUGAAGUAUAGCUACCAGUUUCAGACAUUAUACUAAAUUACAGAUGGAUAACUUGUUUGCCCUCAGAUGUUGUUAAACUGCAUCUUCCAGCCAGAAUAACCAGUGGGAAAAGAUGCUGCUAUCUGCAAUCUAACAAUAGCUAGAGGUUGACACAUUCCCUGAACCUGCACUAAAUUAUGAUUAGCAAAAAACAGCAUUUCCAACACACUUUAAAAUUCUCAUUUUCUGGCUGGUUGCAAACCAUUGUUUUGUGUAUUUUGACCUUAUGCCAAAUCAUAGUUAUAUUUGUGGACCAUAGUUUGUCAAAAGAUCUCAACUGAACCAUUGUGUGUUUUUGUAUUACAAAGCCUAAUGCAGUUUGAGGUACUGUAAACUGUUUUCUAAAGGUUAUAAUGAGGAGCUUCUAGUACUAUGAUUACUUCCAUCAUGCAUUGCAUCUGACAAUAACAUCAAUAUUUGGACUAAUUUUUACAAUAAAAAUGUUGCCAAAAUGUUUUAGAGUUUUCUGAGUUAAACAGCUCAGAAGCAUGUUCAUUGUCAUGGGAAAACAGAGCAUAAAAGGAAGCAGGGACAAAAUCAGGCCAAAGCCCCACUUUCUACUUCCAUGUGAAAGCGUCAGCUCCAAAUUCAGUAUGACAGGGUUAGUCUAAUGCCAUGGAUCAAAGAGAAUUGUAAUUUCAUCUUUUUGAUGUCAUAGGAGAUAGAUUUGUUUUGUUUAUAGGGAGGCUUCAAUGCUCAUUGACAAAUAGCUGCAAAUCUCAUUAAAGGAAUAUUUCUGUGGAUUCUGCUGAACAACCUACAAGAGCAAACUUUGAGUUAUUUUAUUCCAAGAGGGGCUGUUAAAACUUUUCAAAGAAGCCAAAUUAACUUUUGGCAUAUUGCCUGGAAUCACUUGAAUACUGAAACUUUCCAAUUCAAACUGACAUUUGAGUUGUCACGUUUUCCCCUUGCUUUAUCCUUGUUUCUUUUAUUUUCACACAAAUCUAUUGGUGACUUUCUCUCUUUUAUUCUUUGUUGCAUUGAAAGACAAUUGUGUAUAUACUUUGAUGCCAAAUUGUAUAUAUUUGUCUUGUGUAUUUAUGUUUACUUGUAUUUGAU